AUGACACAACCUCAGCUCCCAUGGAACAUCCCUUCACUGAACAGGAUCCCACCAAAGGGAAUUCAUGGACCAGAAGCAGAGAUGUGUUUCUUGAGGAGGACCAUUUUUUCAGACUUGUCAAUGUCCCUCUGUAAAAUACUGCAAUGCAAGGAUGAUAUGGCAGUAACUAAUGGGCAUGACCCCUGUUUCUGUGAAGAGGACAGCACACAUAGAUCUUUUAUGGAGCCCCAGAAGCCUACGCAGAAAGAGGACCUGGACAUCCUCCAACAAAGCCAAGAAGGAACCAUCAACAUCAAAUUGCCACCUCACAGGCAAAAGCAUUCAUCUCUGACAACCAAGGUGGGCAACGUCCUCAGGACCUACAUGUGUAGAACUUUAUUUGGCAACCUGACAAGUCAGAUGAGGAAGGUAAAGCAGUAUCAAGACGAAUCGGGAGCUAUGGGAUGUGUGUUGUUCAUGAAGAUUGAACGACAGAUAGAAAAGGACAGCUGGAUGUAUGGGCAAUCCACUAGGGCAGGAUCAAGCGCUGUCCAGGAGGGAGAUAAGAUCCCAUCAGCGGACUUUAAAGUCGGAGGCAAAAAAAUGAGAAAAUUCACGCACAAGAUCCUGCCCUAUAAUGUCUGGUGCAUUUUGAUAGGAAGGGUUGAAGGAGAGUACAAGCCUUCUGAAAGUCAUUCACCAGUCACUGAGUCACAAUACUCAAUAAGUGCUCCUUCACCAUAA